GGUCAAUCGCUUCAGCGCAAGACUGGCGCGCACGCUCGGAAGAAUCUUUGCCAUUGGCGCUUUUGCUGCGAUGUAUGUGCCGGUGCUGCCGAGCAUGGGGAGCCCCGCCUCGCCGGUGUCGCCGGUGCAGCUGGGCCGUAUCCAGGUGCUGGAGAUGGAGAUCCGGCGGCUCAAGGCGCUGGAGAAGGCCAGCCUCCCGGCCUCGCUGCCGGCCCAGCUCCCCAGCCUGGACGCCUCCCCCAAGGAGCCGAGGCCGAGGGAGCCGAGGGAGGUGAAGGAGAAGGUGUCGCCGGAGCAUCUGGAGCUGAUGAAGGCGCACCGCGAACUGCUGCAGGUGCUCCAAACUCAGGCCACCAGCCACGAGGAGCUCACGCGCCAGCACACGGAGCUUUUGAAGGCGCACCAGGCGCUCCUCGCCUCGGCGGUUUCGCCGGCGCCGGCGCCGGCGGCGCGUGAGGCGCCGGCGCCGUUGACGCCGGCGCCGCCCCCAAGCAACGCCCCGAAGGGGCGACACAUGCGGAAGGCGAAGUCGCACUACUACGUCACCAACGAGGUGAAGCUUCAGCUGCCCAGCAACCCCACUUUGCUGGACAACACCUUGCUCUUUCUUCCCGAGCGCGCCGUGCGGGAUUACAACCUGGAGCCCAACUUGGACGACAAGGGCGACUCUGAGAAGUACAUGUGGUUCGGCCGCGUUUGGGAGCUCCGGGCGCUCGUGGACCAGAUGUACCAGGAGAAGGCCGACGCGAUCCGCCAGAGAGCCGAGGAUCUGCCUGAAAGCCGCAAGCGCGAGCUGAAGCUGAAGAUGCGGGACCCGGCAGUGCGGGGGAAGCUGAAGAAGCUCUGCGCGCGUUGGAAGGGCAGCGCUUUUCGGAGGCGCUGCUCCUUCGCGGUGCUGGACCGCCUGAAGUAUUCCCAUCUGCGGGGCACGCUGAUCUACGCGCACGGCUCGGGUGGGUGCAGCUGGGACAACUUCCGGAUUUGCCGCAUGAUCGCGGGCAUGGGCAUCCUGGUCAUAGCCCCCGACGGCUUCGCGUAUCCGAAGGAGUCCGCCAUGGGUCAGAUGCGGCACAAGGCGCUGGCGCCGUUGCACCUGGGCUCCGAUGACGUGGACUACUGGGCCAACGACCUGCUGUACACCUCUUCGGCGGGUGGAGUUUUCAACUACUCCACCAAGGCGGAGUCCGUCCUCAAAGAGACGCAGGAGUACAAGGACCUCUAUGAGAAGUGCUACCAGCUCCGACGUUCUGAGCUGCACUUCACCAUCGCCCGAUUGCCUGCCUGGGUGCUUUCCCAGGGCUUCUUCCUGGGCGGCACCUCAGAGGGGGCCAUGACGGUGGCCCGCUUCGACGACCAGAGGUAUGGAGAGAUGAUCAUCGGCCGCUUCAUCAACUCCUUCAGCAUUGAGUACUGCUACUUCACCCCCACUCCAGAAGCCGGACUGCUGGGUGGCCAGCUGGAUGUGCCCACGCUGAACAUCAUCGGCAACAAGGAUCAGUACUUUGGAGCGGAGGACAGCAUCGCCAAGGUUGUGGCGGAGCACGGAUCCGGUUAUGGUGACAAGAACCUCACCGGCAACGGCUUCAACACCAUGGUCCGACAGGGCUUAGAGAACGGCCUAGUCUGUGUCUUGGAAGAUGGGGUGCACUCACCCUGCAACACCCACGACAACUUCCUGCGCCAGCUCUUUAACACCUUCUUCUCCCGCGCGGGGUCCAUUUGGGAAUUGCACAUGAUUUGGGAAGCAGAUCCGCUACUGAAGUCCUUGGUGCAGCUGGUGGAGGCGACGGAUCACAGGGGUAAAGUCACGCACCUCUUCGUCCCGAAGAUGGUCUAUCCCCAGCGCAUGACUCUCCGUGAGAUCGAGACACUGCGAGCGCUCCACGCCACUGAUGAACUCGACGCAGCAAUGAAGAAAGAGCAGACCAUCAUCGAGGCGGAGAGGGGGGAGAUCAAGGAGCAGCUGGCGCGCUGCCGCACAGAGGCCGAGAAGAGUCCCCGCGCGAAAGCCAGUGAGACGAAGAAUUUCUACGCAGGAGACAAGCUGGACAGCAGGAAGAAGUGGGAAGACUGGGUCAGGCUGCAUUCCAGCCAGACACGCGCGAAUUCGGCUCAGUAGGUUGACUCACGAGCCC